AUGGAAUUGAGCGCACAUAACGUAGUGGUUGUGUCCAGUAAGGAUAGCAAUGGAGUUACGGCUCUGCCAAUUCCAGAUUCUCACGGUCUGGUCAUCGGAAGCAGAGAUGAUCCAUGGAUACUUGUUGUGGAAGAAAGUGGUACGAAUGUAGUCAAGAUGUCCAAGAAGAGUGAAAAUGCAUCGCUUUUGCUUGUAAUUCCACACUUUAAUCUUAUAGUCAUCUCCUCCAGACACAAAAAUAGGUUGAUCGUGAUGGAAGCAGAUUCCUCUAACUGGUCCAUCAUGUUCAUCGAACUUGUCGAGCAAAACACACAUUCGAUAGUCCCAAAGUUGGAUAACUCCACUGUGGAGAGAAGUGAGAACCCAUGGUCUGGUAGGGUGGAAGGAUAUUCCUUAAAAUGA